GCGACGAUCAGCGACAAAUACGAUCCGAAAGCUCUGAAGUGCUGCUGUGUUCUGUUUCAAGCAUUGUUUGAUUGUAUCUUGUAUCUGUUUAUAUCAGUAUAUUAAGUAAUUAAGUUGUUUUGCUGAUUAUUCUUGGUUUGUUGUCAGUAUCGUUUGGGAAUCUGCAGUCCUCUGCCGUUUUCUUCGUUCAUACCGAUCGUCUAGCUUCAACCGGGCCACGUACUCACAUCCAGCCGCCUCUCUCCUGUCCUUCUCGCACCUCCGUCCGCCGGUCGUGAAGAUGUCUGGCAGAUUCGGCAGGCCGUCGCCGUGUAAGACCCCGUUCACCCUGGUCUCGGCGAGAACUCCUUACGCGCCUUGUCCGCACUUCGGCUCCAGAGACUCAGUCACAUCCAUGAUGAACGGCGUCGAACUAGACGGUCUGACGAGCAACGGCGGCGUGCACGCCGCCUCUGGGGCCGACUCGAAGCCGGUCUCUGGCGGCUCGCCGGGUCAGCAGCAGUGCCACACAGAGGAGUCCAAGACGAACCUCAUCGUCAACUACCUGCCGCAGACCAUGUCACAGGAGGAGAUCCGCAGUCUCUUCAGCAGCGUCGGCGACGUCGAGAGCUGCAAACUCAUCCGCGAUAAGGUCACAGGUCAGAGUCUCGGCUACGGCUUUGUCAACUACCACAAGAUCGAGGACGCCGAGAAGGCCAUCAACACACUGAACGGACUGCGGCUACAGAACAAAACAAUCAAGGUAUCGUACGCACGGCCCAGCUCGGAGGCUAUCAAGGGCGCCAACCUGUACGUCAGCGGCCUGCCCAAGUCGAUGACCCAGCAGGACCUGGAGUGCAUGUUCGCCCCCUACGGCAGCAUCAUCACCUCGCGCAUUCUCUGUGACAACAUGACUGGCCUCUCCAAGGGCGUCGGCUUUAUCCGGUUUGACCAGCGCGUCGAGGCCGAGCGGGCCAUCAACAAGCUGAACGGCACAGUGCCCGAGGGCAGCACCGAGCCAAUCACCGUCAAGUUCGCCAACAACCCGAGCAACAACGCCAAGGGUCUGCCGCCGCUGGCGGCGUACCUGCCGCUGGCGCGCCGGAUGGCCGGGCCGAUCCACCAUCCGGCCGGCCGAUUCAGGUACAACAUCCCCGUGACGGGCUCCAGCGCACCACCCGCCGCAAUCAUAGAUCCCGUCGUGGCCCCACUGUCCUGCUGGAAGCUGGGUCCCAAAGCCGACAUUCCUGGCAAAGUUCUGCCCAUGGCUGUAUCGAAGGGCGUUUUUAGGUACUCGCCGAUGGCCGGCGACCUGCUGGCCAACUCGCUGCUGCCCGGCACAGCCAUGACCGGCUCCGGCUGGUGUCUGUUCGUCUACAACCUGGCGCCCGAGACCGAGGAGAGCAUCCUCUGGCAGCUGUUCGGGCCGUUCGGCGCCGUCCAGAACGUCAAGGUCAUCCGCGACCUGCAGACCAACAAGUGCAAGGGCUUCGGGUUCGUCACCAUGUCCAGCUACGAGGACGCCCUGGUGGCCAUCCAGAGCCUGAACGGCUAUGCGCUCGGCAACCGCGUGCUGCAGGUGUCGUUCAAGAGCAACAACAAGCACAAGUCGUAAGAGGCGAGCUUCAGCACGGGCUGGGCACGGCGACACGCGCGUUCCGGCAGCUAGACAGCGAGGGAACACGGGAGGGUGCUGAAAGACAGAGAGACUGGAGAGAUAGAGAGCGAUAGGGGGACGAGGCGGGAGCGCCAGACGAAACGGCGAUGCUAGUCAUGACCGAACCACACCCACACACACACAUACAUGCAGGCGCGCAUGGUGGCAACGUAUCGGCGCCGGGCGCGCCCAGAGUUUGAUAUAUUUCUAAUAGUCAUGAAAAUGAUCUCACAGUGUCGCGGGGUUGUGGUGCCGACUGGGCGGCGCCGGGACGGCCGGCGACGACGGCACGAUAGGCAGCGAGAGAGAGAUAGGGAACCCUAGGCGCGCGGCGCGAGAGGCGGAGGCGGCGCAAUACCACGUCUAGUCAUGUCUCACUCAGUGUGGCGGCGGGGGCCGACCGGCCGCCCGCCGCCGCCCCCGCCCCCGCCCGACUGUUGCCUAUUUAUUUAUGGUAUUUAUUGCGGGAGAAAUCGCGCCCCGGCGCGUACAUAUUUACAGAGUCUAGACCAGUGUUUCCAGCAGCUUGGUUUCGUUGCGUUUCACAGUUUCAGUUGGUGUGCGCGGAGGCCCGCCGUCUGCAUUGGUUCUUCAUUUUGUCUUUAGUUCGUCACUUCUAGAGGUUAGUUUGAGUUUAUUAGGUAUAGGCUAACUGUGCUUUUUGGAUUUCUAGGCCGUGUAGCCUUCUAACACUAAUUUUCUUGGUUUUGAAAGCCAACAUGAAUAUUAUUUUUGUUCAUUCGUUCAUUUGUUUGAAGUAGUGUUUCUCUGUUAGUAAUGCUGAUGAAAUAAAAGUUACUUUGGCUUUUUA